GGCUGCGGCUUUUAUUUUGAAGGGCCACACUGGCAGAAGGACAGACGCGCCGUCACGGGGCAAAGGUCCGGUUCUUAUCCGGUCUCUGUGCAGCAUGUAACCGGAGGGUCUCCUGUUUCUCGGCCCUCGCCUCUCUUCUAUCUUGACACCGGUACUGGAGACCCACCGGAGCCAUGGGGGGGAACCUGGGCUGCCACCGCUCCAUCCCCAGAGACCCCACCGACCUGAGCGGUGGUAAACGGAAGUUCAGCACCGCCUGUAACUUCGGUCCGAUCCUGGUGAAUCAGGAGCGGCUGAACAUCAACACGGCCACUGAGGAGGAACUGAUGACCCUGCCGGGAGUCAACCGGGCUGUGGCGCAGAACAUCGUGGAGUACCGGGACUGCAUCGGUGGCUUCAAGAAGGUGGAGGACCUGGCUCUGGUCAGCGGGAUCGGAGCCACCAAACUGGAGGCGAUCAAGCUGGAGAUCUGCGUCUCCAGCAGGACCAGCUCGUCCCAACACUCCCCGUCCUCCCUGCGCAAAGACCCUGAGCACCAGCCCAGCACCGGGAUCAACAUCAACACCGCCACCCCGGCGCAGCUCAUGAGCAUCCGGGGCCUGACGGAGAAGAUAGUCCAAAACAUCAUGUCCUACCGGGUGGAGCAUGGACCGUUCAGGAGCAUCGAGGACCUGGUGAGGGUCCCCCACAUCAACAGCUCCCUGCUGGGCAAAAUCCGCUUCCAGGUGUUCGUGGAGCGCUCCAGGGCGCCGUCCACCAACACUAACGGAGGGCUGACCACCUCCAAGUCCCACCCGAGCCCGACCUCUUUCAGCCUCAGAAGUGAAGACCUGGACCUCCCGCCGGGAGGCCCCACACAGAUCGUAUCUGUACGGCCGAACGUGGAGCCAGCGUUCGGUCUGAGGGACGGGAAGCCUGUGGUGCGUCUGGGAACGUGGAGCCUCCAAGACUGCUCCUGCGAGAAGGCCAACAACCCGGGAGUCCGCGAGGUGGUCUGCAUGACCCUGCUGGAGAACGACAUCAAGAUACUGGCAGUUCAGGACCUUCUGGAUCGGGAAGCACUGGAGAAGUUCUGUGUGGAGCUGAAUCAGGGAACACUUUCCAGUGUGCGGAAGUGGAAAUGGCCCCGAGGUCUGUGGAAAAGUGUUGUGUCUGAAACCCCCACUGGACCCUCAGCGAAGGGAGGAAGCUACUCCGGCUUCCUGUGGGACAGCUCAGCAGGUAUAGACCUAAAGGAAGCGAGGAUCGUGGAGUCUACAGUUGUCAGCGGCAACAGGAAUCACUCCUACCCUCCGCUGUACCUGGCUCGUUUCUCAGUUGAUGCAGUGGAGCUGACGGUGGUGAAUGUCCACAUGCAUACAUCAGCCUCAGCAGGAGAGUCUGGCUGUAAAAAACACUCCUCUGAGGGAGCUAAGUGUCAGUGCCUCCCUUCUAGCAUCCAGGAGACCAUCAGAGGUGAGAAGGAGUUGGUAGUUUUGGGAGACUUUGGCUCUUCUCCUCAGAGCUCUGAGUUCGAUGUCCUGAGAAAGGAGAAGCUCUGUGCCCUGGUACCAUCUACCCAGUCCACCAACAUCAGCACCUGCUCCCCCCAGGGCACCCACUGCCUGGACAACAUCUGGCUCAGCCGCUCCCUCAAGAAGAUCUACUCAGGUCACUGCAUGGUGGUGAGGGAGGGCCUGACUAAUCCUUGGAUCCCAGAUAACUGGUCCUGGGGUGGUGUAGCAUCAGAUCACUGCCCUGUAGUGGCUGAAUUUUACAUUGCUCCAUCGUUCAAGGAGUUGAGCAGACCCAGCAUGGCAGCGGUGGACCGAGACGUUCAGCCCAAACAUGAGCGAUGACAGCAGCCACGGCCACGUGGGACUCGGAGCUAUCAGGAUCCUGCCCAGCGGUUUGCCUCGUGAAUGUGAAGAAGUGCCAAAAAUGUAAAUGCUGAAUGCAGAAAAGAAACUGAUGAGUCAGUAAGCCAUAAAACACACAUGUACUUUAAGAAGAAAUGUGCUAAACAUUUUCUAUAUGUAUAUAAAAUAAAGAGAUAUUAUGAAGUGUU